AUGCAGGAUCCGGAGUUGGUCGAUGGCGAAUCUGUGCAUGAGUUGAUGGGUCACAAUGAAGGUUUGACCUACAACGACUUCAACAUUUUACCUGGUAUGAUCGAUUUUUCGGUGCAUGAUGUAAGAUUGGAUACUAAUGUUACGAAAAAUAUCCGGAUCAAGGCUCCGCUAGUAUCCUCGCCGAUGGAUACGGUGACGGAAAGCGGAAUGGCCAUAGUGAUGGCUCUUUAUGGAGGAAUGGGCAUUAUUCAUGGAAAUUUUCCGAAGCCAGAAGAUCAAGCAGCUGAAGUGCUCAAAGUGAAGCGGUUCAAACAAGGAUUUGUUAUGCAACCACAUUGUUUGAAACCAGACGCUAGCCUCUGGGAUAUGAUGCAAAUAAAAAAAGUCUAUGGGUAUACGGGUGCUCCAGUGACAGAAACGGGCAAAGUCGGAUCGAAAUUAAUAGGUAUGAUCACCUCACGCGAUUUUGAUUUCAUCGAUGUGGACGAUGAGGUACAAAAACGGACACCGAUCACGGAGAUUAUGGUAGAGGUCGGUAAACUAGUACUGGGUGACGUUUCACUUCCGAUGGAGAAGGCCCAAAAAAUGCUCAAGGAUAAUCGACUUGGUAAACUACCUAUUGUGAAUGACAAAGGCGAACUAAUAGCGUUGUUAUGUCGUUCGGAUCUGCUCAAGGCUCGUAACUAUCCAAUGGCAUCCUAUGAUUCCAAAGGACAGUUACUUUGUGGCGCUGCAGUGAACACUAGGGAGACGUCGAAACGAACAUUGGAGUUGUUGGUUGAGGCCGGAGUGGAUGUUAUUGUUAUUGACUCGUCGAAUGGUUCUUCCUCAUAUCAAAUAGAAAUGCUUAAGUAUAUCAAGAAAACUUAUCCCCAAGUGGACGUAGUAGCAGGAAAUGUUGUCACCCGCGCUCAGGCUAAGCUGCUUAUUGACGCUGGUGCAGAUGCUCUCCGAGUAGGCAUGGGCAGUGGAUCCAUCUGUAUUACACAAGAUAUAAUGGCUGUUGGACGAGCACAAGGUUCGGCAGUUUACGCUGUGGCAUCGUAUGCGCGAACCAGAGGCAUUCCUGUGCUAGCUGACGGCGGAAUCCGUGAUGUGGGUUACAUCACCAAGGCUGUAGCACUUGGUGCGAGCGCCGUUAUGAUGGGGGGUCUGCUAGCGGCUACCACAGAGGCUCCCGGCGAGUAUUUCUGGGGUCCCGGAGGUGUACGCGUUAAGAAGUACCGUGGUAUGGGUUCGUUGGAUGCGAUGGAAGCGAAUGCUUCAAGUCAGGACCGAUACUUCACGGCUGAUUCUGAUCAGAUCAAAGUUGCUCAAGGCGUGUCAGCCACCAUGAAAGAUCGCGGUUCAUGCCACAAAUUCUUGCCAUAUUUGGUGCGUGGCGUACAACAUGGGUUUCAGGAUAUUGGUGUCCAUUCACUGCAGGAAUUACAUGAAAAAGUCAAUAAUGGUACAGUGCGCUUUGAGCGGCGUUCACAUAACGCACAACUCGAAGGUGGUGUGCAUUCACUUCACUCAUUUGAGAAACGUCUCUACUAG